CGUGCUGGGGCGGCGCACGGCUCUAUCCCAUCAUAUAACAUCCCCACCAUCACGCCUGUUCUCCUGCCUCUAGUGACAGUGUGGUGCACGGGCGAACGUGUCAUCACACGUGUGCGUUGUAGGUAAAGCCGAGUGCGCUUGAGAUUUGCAAGUGCGGCACGCUCCGGGGUGUCCAGCAAUCUGCGGCAGGCAGUCCGUCCCACGACAUGCCAGUCAUGAAGGGCUCGGAGGGGCUGCGGCUCAUGCUGAAGACGUUCAAGCGAGGGCAUCACUCGGUCGGGAUCGUGGGAGCUCCUUUUUGGAAAGGACAGCCAAGAGCCGGAGUCGAAGAGGGACCAGAUCUCAUUCGAGCCGCCGGAUUGGUGGAGAAACUUAAAGGGCAAGGAUGUACGGUGAAGGACUAUGGCAACGUCACCUUUGAGGAGGUGGCCAGUGACGAGCCAAUAAACGGCGUGAAGCGGCCGCGGGCGGUGGGGCGGGCCAAUCAGACGCUGGCAAACUCGGUUGCCAGAGUGAAGAGGGAUGGACACACCUGCGUGAUGCUGGGCGGAGACCACAGUCUGGCGAUAGGCUCCAUCCAUGGGCACGCGUCGUGUCGCGGGGAGCUGAGCGUGCUGUGGGUGGACGCCCACGCAGACAUCAACACGCCGCUAACCAGCCCCACAGGCAACAUCCACGGACAACCCAUGUCCUACCUCAUCCACGAACUGCACUCACAGAUCCCGGCCAUGGCUGAUUUCUCCUGGAUCAAGCCAUGCGUCUGGGCCAAAGACCUCGUUUACAUCGGCCUCAGAGACGUGGAUCCAGGAGAGCAUUUCAUCCUGAAGAAGCUUAACAUCAAGAUGUUUUCUAUGACGGAUGUGGAUCGACUGGGCAUUGCCAAAGUCAUGGAGCAAACCUGUGACUACCUCUUCACAAAGGGAAAGAAGCCUAUUCACAUGAGCUACGACAUUGAUGCGCUGGACCCGUCCAUCUCCCCGGCAACAGGCACGCCAGUGAGGGGGGGUCUCACCUACAGAGAAGGCAUCUACAUCACGGAGGCCAUAAGCCAGACAGGGCUGUUGUCGGCGGUGGAUAUGGUUGAGGUGAACCCCAAGCGUGGCAGCUGCGAGGCUGAGGUGGACUCCACUGUGACGGCCGCUGUGGAUCUUCUCCAGAGCUGCUUCGGGCGCGUGCGAGAGGGCUCACACCCACCUGACUACAAAGUGCCCAAACCAUGACCACCGCCCAACGACCACUGCCUUGCCCAGCUACCUGCCGUAACCAUGACACCCACCAUGAAGACCCCCCACCCACACAAAAGAAAAAUGUUUAAAAAAAUCUUUAAUCAGCUUGAACUGAUGCUUGAACGCAGAAGUGAUUUUUUUUCUAUGUUUCCUACUGAUGCGUAAAUGUGUAAAUGAGUAAAUGAAUAAUGAGGUAGACCUGU